GCAUUUGUCGGCCGCUGCUUGCUUGUAGCGGCGAAACAAAAAAAAUGGCCAUCGUCAGAUUUGGUGAACUAUCGGUGCCUUUUUUAUUCAGCUGUCCUUUUUAUUAAUAAAGCCACAGCGUUAACAAUGCGAUUCGCGGCGGUGCUCGCUGGAAGCGUGGCUAACCGGCGGUAGUUAGCUUGUUCCCGGCCGUUGGAGUGGCUCUGUGUCCGGGCUGAAGCAGAUGGGAACCUCGGUGUAUUUAGGGAAAAGGCGGAAGACUGCGUAUCAACAGACCGAACCAGAGAUGCUACAGAGCUACAGCCGCUAGCCAGCUAACUAUAUAGGAUGCGAGCAAACGACAGCCGAUUCAGCAGGAAUUAAGGAUAACAGAGUUUGACUUCCUACUUUAUGGAGCCACAGCAGGGCGACUUGAACUGAAACAGCUUUAGUACCCGGCCAGACGCAGUGCCCACCGCCCCUCAGGAUGGCGAGCCGGAGAAAGUCCACCACCCCCUGCAUGGUUCCUCCUCGAGAAACCGUCGACUUGGAUCAGGAGAUGGACGAUGUCUCGGAUGUGGCCGAACCAGAUGAAAGUAACGGCGUGACGACCGUCUCCUCAGAAGUAUGUGGUCUGGAGGAGCGGGGCGAGGACCCAGACGUCCGACAGGUGCCAGACCACUAUCUGGACUCAAACAUGGCAGAGGGAGGCUACGAGUGUAAAUACUGUAGCUUUCAGACGACGGAGCUCAACCUGUUCACUGUGCACGUGGACACAGAGCAUCCAGACGUCGUCCUCAACACCUCCUACGUCUGCAUGGAGUGCGACUACCACACCAAGAGUUAUGACACGCUGCUGGCCCACAAUGCUCGGCUCCACCCGGGCGAGGACAACUUCACACGGACGAUGGUGAAGCGAAACAACGAGACCAUCUUUCAGCAGACGGUCAACGACCUCACCUUCGAUGGCAGCUUCGUCAAAGUGGAGGACGACGAGGCAGAAGAGACGUCCCGCAAAGGCAUCGCCCUCAGCAAGACGCCCAUCAUGAGGAUCAAGAGCAAACCAGAACCCAAGAAGUUCGCCGCCUCACACAAAAUGGCUGUCGACGACAUUAUCAAGGUGGAAAGCGACGACGAGGAUGACGAGAACAAGGAGCCACCAACGCUCUCUCCCGCUCCGAUGACCCCCGUGGCCCCUCGCCUCGUCCCCGUCUCCACGCCGGUGCAGGUCCAGGCCGUCCCGCAGAGCAUUGUGGUCAACAGCCCUAACGUGCUGCAGAUUAAAGGGGGCUCAGGCGGCGGCGGCGUGCUGCCUCCUGGGACGCUGGCUCAGGUUCUGUCGGCCCUGCAGAACCAGCAGAGCAGCCCUCAGACUCAGCUCCUCAUCCCCAUCAGCAGCAUCCCCACCUACAACACGGCCAUGGACAACAACGUCCUGCUGGUCAGCGCCUACAACAGGUUUCCGUACCCCUCUGUGUCGGAGAUCAUGGGCUUGUCUUCUCAGACCAAGUUCAGCGAGGAGCAGAUUAAGGUCUGGUUUUCUGCUCAGAGGCUGAAACACGGAGUCAGCUGGACGCCGGAGGAGGUGGAGGAGGCCAGGAGGAAGAAGUUUAACGGCACGGUGCAGACCGUCCCGCAGACCAUCACCGUCAUCCCCGCCAACAUCGCCGCGGCCACCAACGGCUUGCAGUCCAUCUUCCAGACCUGUCAGAUCGUCGGCCAGCCGGGACUCGUCCUCACUCAGGUCGCCGGUAAUGGCAGCACCGUGCCGGUCGCCUCUCCCAUUACCCUGACAGUCGCGGGUGUCCCCGGCAACCAGCCUAAAGCCGCCGAACCGUCGACAUCAGAAUCAAAGACUGAGAUGUCGGCCGGCGCUUCGCUCAGUUUGGAUUCGUCGGCGACCAAACCGAAGAAGUCCAAGGAGCAGCUGGCAGAGCUGAAGGCGAGCUACAGCAGGAGGCAGUUCGCCACGGAGGCGGAGAUAUCACGACUCAUGCAGGUCACCAAACUCUCCAAACGAGCAAUAAAGAAGUGGUUCAGCGACACACGCUACAACCAGAGGAACUCAAAGGACCACCAUGCUGUCCUGCUGAGCGAAACCUCAACCAGCAGAGCGGCGGCGCCAGGAGGAGGCCGAGGAGCAAGGAGCAGCAGUGGCAGCCUUAACGAGAGCAACAACGGUGAAAACACCACCGCCACCACCACCAUCGUCAUCGACUCCAGCGACGACGCCAGCGAUUCCUCCCCGACUUCUGCCAACGUCCCCGGCUCAUCAGGUUCCUCCAGCGACCUGCGGGUUAAAUUCCGCCACGCCUUCCCCGACUUCACGCCACAGAAGUUCAAGGAAAAGACGCCGGAGCAGCUGCUCAUCCUGGAGGCCAGCUUCCAGAAAUCAGACACGCCCUCGGACGAAGAGCUGAGCCGACUGCGUGCUGAGACGAAGCUGACACGACGUGAGGUGGACGCUUGGUUCACGGAGAGGCGGAAAAUGCCUUCGAUGGCGCAGCCAAAAGACAGUGACGCCGAGGGAGAUGGUGAGAAGGUGAAACCAGCCGCUGUGCCUUCGUACUCUGCUCAGGAACGGCAGGCGACUCCGCCCGUCGGCAGGAAGAUGAUGAAGAAGACGCCAGAGCAGCUUCACAUCCUGAAAAAGGCCUUCGUCCGCACACAGUGGCCGACGCCUGAGGAGUACGACCAAAUGGCGGAGGAGAGCGGUCUGCCGAGGACCUACAUCGUCAACUGGUUCGGAGACACACGCUACGCCUGCAAGAACAGCAACCUGAAGUGGUAUUACCUCUACCAGAGCGGAAAGGUGGAUGAGGCGCUGAACGGUGGAGCCAAGAGCCAGAAGAAGUCCAGGAAGCGUUUCCGAGGUUGGUCCAGGAGGACGCGCCGGCCGUAUCCCUGCAAACGAUCCCCACAAGGGGGCUCCACCGCCAUCAAGGUGAAGUCCGGUAAGACAUUUCUGAAGGACUACUACCUCAAACACCGAGCCCUGAGCGAGAGAGACCUGGACGACCUCGUGACCAAGUCCAGCAUGAGCUACGAGCAGGUGAGGGACUGGUUCUCCGAGACCGCCAGGAGGGCGGAGGAGGGCAAGGAGCCCUUCAGCGACGAGGAGGCCGAGGGAGACGACGGGGAGGACGACGACGAGGAGGAAGAGGAGGAGGAGGAGGAGGCGGGAGCAGCAGAGCACGCGGACAGCGAAGGAGAGAUGGAGGUGAAAGAACAAGGAGAGGAGGCGACCGACGACGACUGCAACGAGGAAGAAGAGGAGGACGAGGAUGACGAGGAGGACGAGAGGGGAGCCAAGGACGAGGCAACGAUCCAGGAGGAGUCCGAAGGUGUCAGCCAAUCGCAGCCUCUGGCAGACGAGCAGACAUGAGCAGACAGCAUUGACUUUGCGUCCCCCACCCUGGAGACAUAAUGGAGGACGUUAUGCGUCAGUGUUUCUCAGCUGCUGGGUCGCGACCUGAGGAUGGCAGCAGGAAGCUCAGGCAGAUGGACGACGGGUUUGCGCCUCGCAGCUGAGAAGCACUGAGCUGCUGGGAGUUCACGGAGAACAUCAGGACUUGGUUUGUUUCUGCUGAUGGACUGUGGGGACCAAGCAAACACGCAGGACGACGUCGCCACAAGAGUAAGUUCCAGCUCUGCUCCUGUACGAGUAAAAGGCUUUUAUUUUGGUGAGAAUGACAGGGCUUUUAUUUUGGCCUUUAUGUCAUUUUUCUUACAAAAAAAAAAAAAAUCAAUGUUUUGAGGUAAACUUUGUAUAAAGGAAAAAAAUAAAUAAAAACAGACCUCGCAUGGAUUUCUCAUUAAUAUAAAAGAACUUUUUUUCAGAAUAAUGGACCAUCAGCGCUUUUUCUCAAGGGAACGUCCCCAAAACCAACAGUGAAAACAUUUUGCUGUUAUUUUUUUGUGAAUAGACAUAUUAGUGCCAUUCUGUAUUCUAAGUUUUUGUUUUUAAAUCCAAAAAAAAAAAAAAAAUCAGUGCUGGAAUGAAUCCACAUUGAUGUUUUUGUACUUUUUAAGUGAUUUGUUAAAAUCUGAACAACAUAACGUGAUGGGGACUUAAUCCAUUAUACUGUUAUUAUUAUUAUUAUUAUGAUGAUGAUGAUGAUGAUGAUGAUGAUGAGUUCUUUUGAAUACGGUGUUCCAUGUUACCUGGCGUUUGGGUCCAUUCAGUUUCAACAACAUCAAUUCAGCUUGUGAAUUUACCUCCAAAACACUUAAAGAAAGGGAAAAUCCACCUUAAAACUCCUCAUCGAUCAGUUGUUGUCCAGUCAGAGUGGACUUCAGAACCCAAAAUCAACAUUUCAUUGAAGUCCAAGAACAACGUAUUGGCUGCUUAAAAACACAGGACACAAACAGCUGCUGAGUGCAUUUCAGUGUAAAAAUGAACGUGUCGGCGCCCUCUGGUGGACGGACACUGUUUGUAAAUGACCUCGAACAUGUGAGGUGUGUCUGUGUUUAUCAAACAGCAUGUAUGCUGACUUAAUGCUGUGCAUGUUGGUUUUAUUUGGUCUCAUUCAGAGCAAAUCAGGCUGCGUCAGGCCGACUGGUCUGCAGUGUUGUUGUUGUUCAGAUCCUGUACACACAAUUUAAGAUACAAAAUGUAGUCAGUCUGUCAGUCUUCUGUAAUCCAGUUUGAAUUUCAUUCCUUAUUAUUUUAAAAAAAAAGGCCUGUUAUUAGUUUGCGCUAUGGACUUACGCCCUGUGCACAGGCUUACGCUCGGCCAUCGCGCCAGCAGCCUGCGAUUGUUAUAUGCUCUGUCCACCAGAGGGCGUUCCAACAUUACAGCAGCUGAGGCUGAGGCCCCUGCAAGUAGUUAGCGUUAACACGCCGAAUGUGAAACUGUGAUUCAGAAAACUUUGGUUUUGAUUUAGUUUCGCACGUUUGUCAACGGAGAGAAAAGCUCAUUAGUGGGAGCAGGUCAGGUGUGAAAGGCUCAGACCAGCCGCCGUCGGCGUUCACAGUCCAAACGAGGUCGUUUACGCCCCGUCCUGUCCGAAUGAGGCCUCGGUCAGGCUUCGACACCUGACGAUGAAUGAUCGGUCGAUCGAGCACGGCUGAGCUAAUAGUACGGCGGCGAAUCUUCCCUUCAGGGUCAAAACGUUCAGGCUUUGUCCAAACUGUUUUAGCGACAUACUGAUACCGCGUGGUCAUUCUGGAGGAAGUUCAAGUCUCUCAAACUGGCACAGUUUCAGAAACAAUAAAUAAUAAAAACGCUCUCCUACUUACUGCCUUUGACCGAAGGCAACUGUUUCAAGUGUCUUCGGAGGCUUGUUGAAAGGCAUUCUGGGAAAUGCAGGAAGCAGAAGAGGCAGUUAGAAACUGGUUUCACCAAAGCGUCGUGAACUAAAACCUUUUUGGAAAACAAAUUAUGUGUUUUGAAGGUGGAUUUUUUUCCUUUGCCAUCCACCUGGACAGAAAGAAGAUUUUCCAUACUGAACUUUUCCCAAAGGAUCUUUUUAACGUCUCGGAGUUGAUCGACUUGAAAAGGAGAUGAACCCAAAUGUUUUUUGUGUCCUUGUCCAAACAAACUUAAAAAAUAAAAGCAUGCGUGCUCUUCUUCAGGAAACAGGCAACUUUACCUCAGUCAGUUAAGCUACAAACUCGGUAAGAUUGUGACAUUUACUCUUUACCACAGUUUUUCUACAGACUUCAAUACUGUAUGCAUGAAAAUACGAGUACACAAUAAUAAUUAUGUCUUUCAGAUGGCGCCUCUUUUCCUUUGUCCUCGCCACCAAAGUAAAUGAAUCACUUUAAAAAGAGAAGAAGAAGACAUAGUUAUUAGUGCGUCUAUUUGCUCAGAUACGGGUGAACUAGUUGAUAUCCUUCAGGUUUUCCUCAAGAAUUACAGACGAUAUUUUAGGGACAAAGAAACCACAAGCACUUGGCUCAGUUCCUGCGGGAACUUUUUAACUUUUCGUAUGUGAGGUAACAAAAAAAAAAAAGGAAUGGAAUAAGCUUUUAUUUUGCUUUUCUCUGCUCUCUUCCUGUGUUUACUGAACCGUGUAGGACUCUGUUAGAAUAUGCAAACGUCAGAGAACAAUCAGCGGGUCGAGCGGUGGUCAGAUUUGAUUUGUUUUUUAAUGAUUUCUUCAGCGACACGGGAUCCUGACAUGAGCUGUGUAAUUUCAUGCCUUUCUGCCAUUCUUCAAACUGCUUUAAUAGCCAACAGUUUUUAGUAGUUAAUUUAUUUAUUAUAUCUGGACUUUCAAGGAUCUCUUUUUUGUCUGCAAGCAAAAAAAUAAAAAGUGGAGAAACAG